AUGCUCCAUCCUCCACACCGGACCUCCUCUCUCCCUGCACCGACCCCGAUCUAUGCUGCCAACAACUCCUUAUUGAGCCUGAAGAUGCGUGACGGCGAGCUGCCUGCGCUGCCAGCCGAACUGGAAUCUCGCAUACCAGCAGCCCAUAAUAUUCCGCAUUCGCGACUGCAGCCUCUUCGGCAUCUGCGACACGCCUCGCUCAGCUCGCCCUCUGUCGCCCGCAUUUCCCUGGGCCAUGCCCGCUAUGGCGCAACAUACGACAGCGACGACGAGUCAGAUGGCGACUACUCUUCGUCACAGGAGGAUUUGUUGGUGCCGAAACACUCCCCCCGGGCCCCUGCGGAAGGGUAUCUUUCCCUGGGGAACAAAGUUUCUCCACCAGUGUGGGUUGCCAUCCCCUGUUUCCCAAGCCUCAACAUCAACCUGAUGGCGAGGCUGCAGGCCACCGCGGGCACAACACGGGGCCUCAGCACCGACUCCAGACUGCGGUCAACGCCGUUCAUGCGGUCGGACGGCGACGAUCCAACAGCGGGAGUGCUCGUGACUGUUCAUCGUCAUCAGGUUGUUUCGGAACCGUGGGAACAUGCAUCCAGCGCGAAGACCCUUGGUGCUGUGCCGCUCCGCGAUAAGCCGCUUCCCAUCCCAGUCGAUGUCCUUGUUGAUGUCGAGUACCCCGACAAAUCGGAGGCCCGGGCCGAGGCCGACAAGGAUGGUGUUCAAGUUCUCCAACUCGAACCCGUACCGCUUUCACCCUCGGAGCAUCCUCACGUUGCCCACGUGAAACGGGCCGGCAAACGCAGGAAGCACUAUACGACCCCGACCCCAACGCGCUCUCAGCCAUGA